AUGACAACAUACCAAAAGCUGGUCAAAGGUGCCACUAAGAUUAAGAUGGCACCUCCUAAGGCCAAAUAUGUGGACCCAAUUUUGUUGGGUACUUCCGAGCCUCAGAACUUUCGGGAAAUCAUGCAUGCGUUGGAAGGCCGUGUUCUGGACACUGCGUGGACGAUUGUCUACAAAUCGUUGAUUUUGGUACAUGUUAUGAUACGGGAAGGAGAGAUAGAUGUGACGAUCAAGUAUCUGUCCAAACAUCUAGAAUUUUUCCAGUUAAAAGAUGUGUUCCACUCAAAAUUGUCAUCCGGCGAUUUGCAAGCGUUGAGACGGUAUAGAGACUAUUUGCAGUGCCGCAGCGAACAGUACGCUAAUAUAGGCAAAGAUUAUGUCCGUGAUGGGUCCGCAAACUUGAAGGCCCCCGUAGCAGAGGAGCCUCAAAAAGCGCUGAACCACGUAGAGUCGUUGGAACUUCAAGUUACGGCGCUGGUGAAAAAUCGGUAUUCGCAAUAUGAUUUGGGAAAUGACCUUUUGAUGACCGCGUUUAGGCUUCUGGUGCAAGAUUUAUUGGUGCUCUACAAUGCUUUGAACGAGGGUAUCAUUACGCUGCUCGAGAGUUUUUUUGAAUUGACGCACCAAAACGCAGAACGUACGCUGAAACUAUACAAGCGAUUUGUGGAAUUGACAGAUGUUGUGGUGAAAUAUUUGAAAACGGGUAAAGCGGUGGGUUUGAAAAUUCCUGUUAUUAAACACAUCACGACCAAAUUGAUCCGAUCUUUGGAAGAGCACUUGCGUGACGACGUGAACAAGGCACAGACCUUUUCGGCCGAUGACAAAAGAACUCCCGCUCAACGGGAACUCGAACAAAUUCGAGAGCAGAAGAAGUUGUUGGAGCAACAACUGCGUUCACAACAGCAGAUGGUCAUCUCUCCUACAAUUCCACAGCAACAGACUGGUUACAAUCCGUUUUCCAACGGUUUUACUUUUGAACAAACUCCGGUGAUUGUUCAGCACACCAGUAACCCGUUCAUGGCUCAAGCGCCACCGCAAGGAGCUUCGCCACAGGUAGCGCAGCAAACAGGAUUACAGGAGGUGCAGCGUCACAGCACCCAGGGUUUGGGAUUGCAAUAUCAAAAUACGCAACUCCCACAGCAACCUCCUGCGGGUCUACAACAACAAAACACUCAGUUUCCACAACAGUCUCCGGGACAGGGUCUGCAGUAUCAAAACACGCAAUUCCCACAGCAGUCUCCUGCAGGUCUGCAACAUCAAAACAUUCAGUUUCCACAACAGUCUCCAGGACAGGGACUUCAAUAUCAAAACACGCAAUUUCAACAACAGUCUCCAGGACAGGGACUGCAGUAUCAAAACACUCAGUUCCCACAACAGUCUCCUGCGCAGGGGCUGCAGUACCAACACACGCAGGUUCCACAACAGUCUCCGGUUACGUUACAAGCCCAGAACACUUCUCAGAUGCCCCACCAACAGCCUCCGACGAAUCCAACUGGGUUUUACAGUACCAACGCCCACAUUACGCCAAACUACACGGGCGCUGGAUUUGGGGGCUACAGUGGGCCAGUGCAACCGCCAGUAGCUGACACACAAGUUGCGAUGCCCACAGGCUCCAAGAAUCCAUUUUCGCUGGAUAACGUUGCUCGUGCUCGCGACGAGCGUGAGACGUUCAACCCGUUCUCGCAAGCCAACCAGCAAACGGGCAUCGCGCAUGCCUCUGCAACUGCCAACACCAAUCCUUUUGGACAGGGCCAAAUGCAGGGACAAUUUCAGGACCGUCCGCACACUUUUGGCGGGCUCGAGAACUUGCCUACAGUGCCUGUGUUUUCGCACACCACCCAGCAGCAGCAGCAGCAACAACAACAACAGCACGUCUACGGCCAAUCGUACGGCCCGCAAGGGUCCCAACAGCUUCAGUACCCGGGCCAACCACAGCAACCUUACCGUAGCGAGGGUCCUAAUCUCAUCGACAUAUAG